UGACGUAUUACAGGUAAACAAUAUGGCGGCUUCCAUGAGUGUUGCCAACGCCGCCGCUAGCGGAGAUUUGACAUUGGUGAAGGAACUUCUCCGACAAGGUGGACCUCCCAAUGAACGGUCUAAGGAUGGGAUGACUCCAUUGGCUGUGGCAGCUUUCUGGGGUUAUGCUGAAAUUGUAGAAGUUCUGCUGGAAUGCAGAGCAGAUAUUAAUACAUGUAACAACAACACAAUGUGGACAGCCUUACACUGUGCUGCCUUUCAAGGUCAUGGAAAGGUCAUCAUGAAAUUGAUGGAAUACAAACCUGACCUCUAUCUCAAGGACAAUCAGGGGAGGACUGCUGUUGACUUUGCUUCAGCACUGGAUGCAAUUUGGCCGUUUUUUGCAGCUGCUGGAUGUAAAAGAACAACAAAAGCAGAUCUCAUUCGAAUGGACAUUGUAAAAAAGGUGUCUCAUGAUCCAGCCAAUGUAAAUCCAUCCGUACAUGGCAUACAGCAGUCAGACUUUGCUCACUUCUCACGACCAGGAUCAGCAUAUGUGAUGAAAUCUCAACCCUACAGAGGGCAGAAUAACUACACAGACUCCAAUAUGGCUAUGGCCUCAGUUACGGGAGAUGUGCUGGCUGGUACACCAGAUCUACCCCUAAACAACAGUAGGACAACCGUCCCCUCCUUCUCACUGUGGCAGCACUGACCAUAGGGCAAGGACUCCUGGUGGUGGGGUCAAAGACAUUUGUUGAAAUAUCCAGACUUCCAAGUGAUGAUUAAGGAUUUUAUUUGGUGAUAUUAAGACAUUCUGUCUGUGUGGUGAAAGGCUAACGGACACUGUAGAUUUGGACUAUUGGAUCAAAGCUUCAAGGAAAUGGAUUUAAAGAGAUUCUGGAAAAUGUAAUUAAGGAGACAUUGUCUUAACUGCAAUUACUUAAUGUCAGAGCCAAUGUCAUUGUCAUAUCAGGGACACCUGGAGAAAGUCUGUAUCGCAGACUUUCAGAGAUUUGUUGAAGGAUUUCUGAAAAGCUUCAAGCAUUUUGUUGUGGGGUGAUUGGGUGAAACACCCAUAUAAAUUGGCUUAAUAGCUUCAAAGAUUAAUAACGGUUUACUGACUGUGAACCAUCAUGUCAAGAACUACAAUAACAUUCACAUAAUUUGAACCAUCGGGUCAAGGAUUAUCAUGUACCAUUCAUUGACUGAGUUUUCAAGACAAGGAACGAAAAUCACUAGAAAGUCGUUAAACCCAAUAGUUUAGUUGACAUGGUCAGAGAUUCAGUAUUGUGUAGUGCUGUCAUAGACAGUAGGAACAGGAGGUCUUGUGUUGACUUUUGUCAUCUCAUUUGACAAGUUAAGGUGUCCAUGGACUGAGAGCUAGUUCCUACAUGUCAUUCUAACCCAGUGGUUGAGUAAUGCUGACAACAGGGUCCAUAAAACAUCUCCAAUGUCUUUAACAUGUGUUCAUAUGAUGCAUAGUGUGACUUUACAUCAAAUUCACAGCUUGGCCUUAGGUGGCUGACCUGUAACAUGUACUGAUGUCAUUACCUUGACCAGUGGUUAGAUGAAUAUGUAUGCUUGUCCAUAUGAAUUGGACCUCUUCUAGCUUACAUUGUCACACUGUAAAGAAAUAUUUGGUAAUGGGAAAGACAGUGCUUUUUUUCUUGUAUAUUUUAUUUCAUGUGACAUUCAUAAAAUCCUUUUAAGCUAUUGAUUUCAACUUUUCUCUUUUUCCAUUUUUAAGAUACAUUAUACAUGUACAUUAAAUUUCACUUUUUUUUUCAUAACAAAUAGUAUCUUUCACUUUCUGCUGUUGUUAAGUUUUGAAUCACUCAUUUAUGAUUAUGUGUUCUCAAACCGAGUCAAACCUUGAACUUAAGUGCAAUCUUGUUAUAUUAAAGUGAAUUUCUCAUUCUUUUUUAUUUUAACAUCUGAAAAUUUCUUCAUGAUUUUUGAAGGGUUUGGUUGACCCUGAUGCACAUGAUCAUGAAAUCUGUAGAUCAUACUGUAGUUGUAAAGUGAAAUCAUGAUAAUACUGUAGUUGUAAGGUGAAAUCAUGAUAACACUGUAGUUGUAAGGUAAAAUCAUGAUAACACUGUAGUUGUAAGGUGAAAUCAUGAUAACAAUAGUUGUAAUGUGAAAUCAUGAUAACUAGUUGUAAGGUGAAAUCAUGAUAACACUGUAGUUGUAAGGUGAAAUCAUGAUAACACUGUAGUUGUCAGGUGAAAUCAUGAUAACUAGUUGUAAGGUGAAAUCAUGAUAACACUGUAGUUGUAAGGUGAAAUCAUGAUAACACCGAAGUUGUAAGGUGAAAUCAUGAUAACACUGUAGUUGUAAGGUGAAAUCAUGAUAACACUGUAGUUGCUAGGUGAAAUCAUAAUAACACUAGUUGUAAGGUGAAAUCAUGAUAACACUGUAGUUGUAAGGUGAAAUUAUGAUAACACUGUAGUUGUAAGGUGAAAUCAUGAUAACACUAGUUGUAAGGUGAAAUCAUGAUAACACUGUAGUUGUAAGGUGAAAUCAUGAUAACACUGUAGUUGUAAGGUGAAAUCAAAGAUCAUAUUCAUACAAUGUAUAUGUACAGUGGCCUGGCUUAUCGGCGAGAAAAACAUAUUUAGCUGCUGUAAGGGUUUUUAACUGACUUUGGUAAAUAGAAACCAUUUUUAAGUAUUGUACAAUUUGUAGAAUUAUUUGCAAAUACUGGUGAAAAUGUCAACCCUAGAUAUUAUAUAGUUAAUAUGUACCACCAAGGAACCACAUACAAUUGUAUGGUAUCACAAUACCAGUUAUUUCAUCCAACCAAUCAGAGGGCAAGAAUUUGUUAAGUACAUUACAGAUGUUAUUUUUGGCUGUCCUCAAUGCCUUUGCUUCUACUAUUUGAGCUGUAAUGAGCAGAUCUUUCCCCCAUAGUUACCGUGUAUGUAAGUUGUCAAUGUUGUCAUUCCAAAGAAAUUGAAAAAAUUCCUGUAAAUAAUGUUAUUUUGCUUUAUACACUUAAUGUCGUAAAUUUGCACUAUGCCUGUAGGUUUUCUUGCAAUACAUACAAUGUACUUCAUUUUAUAAAAAAGAGGGUGUCAUUUCAAUAUUGAAAGUGAUUAUACAGUACCAGGUGUAUGAAAUUUAUAUUCACUGACAAGUUUGAUUUGUUAAUGAGUGUCCAUGCAAUAAAGUGAUUUGCUGUAUCUACUUAUAAUUCAAAAGAUAUAUAUAUAUUUAGAAAUAUGCGACUGUCAUAUUAACCCAUUCAUACAAGUAAAUAUCAAUACAUGUACCACUACUCCAAACUGGGUAAUUAACUUGCCGAGACCUAGCAGAGACUGGGUUGUUUAAACUGUACAUGCUAUGCAUGCAGCAGAGACUCAUUGGCAAUGUACCAUUACAUGAUGGUUAAUAAGUAUAACUGAUAAUACAGUACUGUACCAUGUUUUCUAGCUAUUAAUUUUAUUAUAAGUGUAUAAACAAAGUGUAAGAUAAACAAAAUUAAUGUAUGUACAUACCUAGACUUUAAGGUUAUCAUCCAUACUUAUAACCUGUUUUAAUACCGUAAUGUUGUCAAUUCAGUUGUUUUUAAUUAUAAAAAUAUUAUGUUCAUCGUGUCAGACAUCUAAAUCUCUGACUAUAUAUAAGCCAAAGACUGCUGAUGUUGUAAAUGUUUGUGUUAAUAUAGGAAGAUAUGAGAAUUAAUGCUUGUGAACGCUUAGGUGUGUGGCAUGGAAAGACAAAGAGAUAACAUUAUAUGUAUUGAAAACUUAUGUACAAUAACAAAUGUGUUGAAUUCAAUAUAAAACAUGAUAAGAGACAUCACUUGGAUUGUUUUACU